AUGUUAUCGCAUAAUUCGAAUCACGAAAAAACACCUGUAUGUGAAAAUUUUCCUAGCAAUACAACCGAUGGCUUCAUCAAACCUUCUUUACCUCCGUUUAUUUCAAACAUUUUAGACCAGUUAACCGAUGGAGAACUUAAACGUCGUUUAGAAUCUGUCUUGUUAGACAGAGAAUCGGAACUAUUAGAAUCUCAGUCAGCCUGUAAAGAUGCACAGAAUGAGGCCGUAGACUCACGGAAACAGUUAGUCAAACUUGAACUUGAAUUGGCAAAUAUUAAAAGCGCCGCAGAAAUGUUAAUGACUGAACAUGAGGAUGCCUUAUUAACCUUGAAAAGACAGUACGAUGAAGAGUUGUCCUCGCUGCUGAUAGCUUCUGAACAGGGUUAUUUACAUCAGUUUAUAGAUGGUCAAUGUUCAAACGAUACAUCACAUUCAUCACCAACUGAAAAUGAGAAUUGUCCAACCUCCAAAUCAUCACUUCUUAUCACUGAAAAAAAGUCAGCUCAAAGUUUAGCUAAUCAAGCCUUGGAUAAAGUAGAGAAAUUAGUUCGACGUGUUGGUCAUAAAGCACUAACAAAUAAUUUUAUUUUAAACAAAUCCACUGUUUCAUCUUUUUGGGCAAAUCAUGACAUUGGUUCAAACAAAGAGGAGGAUAAUGAUGAUGACUAUAUACGAGCAAUAAUUGAACCUUACGAAACAGAAAUUACACGUCUACAACAAAUUUUGAUCAAUGCUUCGAUUCCAUUCACUAAGACAACAUUACAUCCUAAUUCAGCAACAAGUUAUAAGUUAUCAGAGGAGAAAAUUGUCAACAAAAUUUCUCAUAAUUCAAAUAUGAAGAUAGAAAUUUCUGGAAACAAUAUUGACGAUAACAAUAAUAAUAAUAUGGUUGAUCCUGCUAGUAAUCCGAGUAAUUCGAUUCAGAGAUCAUGUGACCAAAUGACAGAAAAGCAUUCUAUGCACAAAUCACCUGAUAAUUGUAAUGAUCAUAUCAAUUCGGAUGAUGACAGAAAUACUCAAUCGACUGUUGUCACACAACCAAUGUGUGAUCAUUCUACAUCUUUUGAAGGGCAAAUCUACCUAACCGAUACAAUGAAAAAUUUACAAAAACAGCUUUCCACCGUUAAAAAUGAAUUAGAUUUGAAAAGCCACGCUUUGAAAGUUGCUACUGAUCGUCAAUUAAAAUUGGAAAAUGCCCUUAAAACUCAAGUUGCUGAACAAACAUCUAAAAUAGAAAAAAUUAGUACAAUUUCUAAUCAGUUGGGUCAACGAUUAGAUGGUUUGCUGUUAGACUACCAAUCUUAUCGUGAAACAACUGAAAAAGAAAUAUCCACUUUAUUAGUUGAGCGUAAAAUUGCUAAUUCAAAUCUAGAAAUUCUUCGUUCACAUUAUGAUGCUCUGGUUGGUAGACGUUCACAAGCUGCUAUUGAAUUAAGUAGACAACCAAUUCAAUUACCAAAUGAAAAAGAUGAAUUAGAACAUUUGGCGUUAAAAUUAUAUGAAGAAAACUUAUCAUUUCGUGAAGCACGUGAUCAUUUAGAAGAAUGUUUAAAGAAGGAAACUGAAACUCAUAGAGAACAGCUAGCAAAUGAACAACAAGAGCGUAUUAAUUUUGAAUCGUCAAUUCUACAAGAAUUGGAAGAUGCACGUAGACGUCUAGCUGAUCUUGCCAAUAUUACAACUGAACGUGAUAAUGAAACUGUUCUAAGACAGAAAUGUGAAGAUGAAUUAAAAAUGUCCAAAUCUAAGUUGAAUGAAAUACAGGCUAAAUAUGAACUGACUGAAACUAAUUUAACUGAAGCUCAGAAAAGAAUUAUUGAUCUACAAGAUCAAGUUAUUCGAUUGCAAAAUGAUUUAGACAAUGUGGAAUCGGUUCAAGCUGAUUUUGUUCGUUUGUCACAAAAUUUACAAGUUCAACUGGAAAGAUUGAGACAACAAGAUCAAGAAGUAAGAUGGAUUAGUCCAGAUGACGUGACCAACUGUUUUUCGUGUAAUUCAUCAUUUCAAAUUGGACUUUCUAAUAGUAACAAUUCGAAAAAAAUCAAUUGUCGUCAUUGUGGUAAAGUUCAUUGUUCCAAUUGUACAAAGAAUACUAUGCCAGCUGGACCAUUUGGUCAUCCGGCUGUUGUAUGUGAUGUAUGCCAUACAUUGUUGAAUAAAAAUAUUGCUCCGUAUUUCAGCACAACAUCAUUAAAUAAUAAUAAUAACAAUGGUAAUAAUAAUCAAAGGGAUCACUUUCCAUCUUCUAAACGUUUUAGUCUGUCAUCGCCUACACAAUCCUCAACUAAUCUAUCAACUAAACCUUCUUAA